AUAUGUCUAGAAGAAUUUGAUAAUAUUGCCUAGCUUGUCAUAUUAGCUAGAUUGUGUGUGCACUUUCCAAAUCAUUGUACUAUGAAAAUACAUUGUCCAGAUGAUCCUAAAAAAUUGAAAAUGUUGUUCAGAAAAAAACUACGAAACGAUCCAUCUUCUAACGCAAGUACAAACGGCUCACGAAUUAAAAUUAAAAUCUUAUGAAACGAGAAUAAAAAGAAUGCUUUCCUUCUAUCCUACAUCUUUCUAAGAUUCUUAAAAAAAAUUGCAUUCAACAAAGUUGCACAAAUCUAGCUUUCCCCCUCUUUUGAAUGUCAAAUGUUCUUGUAAUCCAAAAUCCAACUUCUCUACCUAGUACUCAACUCUCCAUCGUUGUCUUUUCUAGGUCAUUUUAGGGCUAUUAGUCUUAUUAGUCAACUUUCAAGUUUAUAUAUAUACUAAAAAUUAUCAUACACAACUUCAAUUCUCAAACUCAUACUCAAGAGUUGAAAUUUCUCUUCUAAAAAAAAAGCAGGGGAAAACCCCUAGUAAAAAAGAAAGAAUCAUUUGGGUUGCCCACUGAAUAUGGUUUGGAAUUCAAGGCCCAAAAAUAUGCGGUCCAAAUCUGCGUUGCAUCUGGACUUCCAGCUGCAACUGCCAAUUUUCUUCUUCAAGUCCAAAUGCCUUGCGGUCUACGAACAGAAAAGCAUUGCCCAUACCUUGCUUCUAGGAAGCUAGCUUAGCUCCAAAUCUGCAUUGCCAAUUUUUCUUUUUCAAGUCCAAGUGGACUAAAUUCUGCUCCACAGUUCAAAAGAAUAAUCAAACAAUUCGUCACUAAUUUGGUCUAAAUCACGCUUUAUCUGUAAAUGUAACUUCUUGAAACUUUGUUUAAUAUAAGUCGAUAUCGUAAUGAAAGUAGGAAAAUUCUACAUACUACCAAGAACACAUAGAGAUCGACAAUGAAACGUAGCCGAAUCGAUCUUUAUGUAUACGUUUACAAUCUUCUUUCUUUGGAAAAAGAUUAGAACUCGGCGAGAGAAUGUCCAAAGCUGUCAGUUAGAUGCAUGGCAAAAGUAGUGCAGAGCCUGCAGUAGUUCAUAACACAGUCUAAAUUGGACAGACGACGAUUUGAAUAAUCUUUGUGCUGAAAGAAUAAUUAAGUUCAUCUAAUCUGGUUCAAUGCACCCGUCAAUGGUGUGUAAAAGUUACUUUCUUUUGAUGUGAUGCCGUUCAUAUACGGUGACCAUUCGUGACCAAAAGCAAACUGUGAAUUUCUGAUGAAAGCAAAUUUAGGCGGUUACUAAAGCUAUAACCGAAGUUAAUGGCCUUUGGGAAAAGGGAUUUUUGACUGUUACGAUUUUGGCUGAGGAUUCUUACAAAUUGGUCGGGUCAAACUAGCUGCAAGCUAGUUUGGGCUUAGGAAGGCUCGAAGCCGAAAAGUCACAACUCACAAGCCCACAGCUAGCUUCCAGGUUAAAGCCCAAGAGGCCCAUUUGUACAUCUCCAUGUAGCUUGAGGGCCAUUCGUGCCAUUCUAACAAGCACUAUCUCGAGCUCUCUGGCUCAUUUUGUCAAGUUAGUAGUAAAGCCCACAGCUUUAGUAACAACACUUGCCAAUUCCUGUUGAUUUUACACAGAGUGAAAAUUUUGAUCUUUAGUGACCACAUAGAUGUGGUCACGGUAUUAUGGGUCUCAACGUUGCUUGGAACUAAACCCUACGUAUCUAAAUUGCUUCUCUUGUGUUCGUGCAUGGAGUUCGCCGUCGCUAAAUGUUUUCUUUUAUUCUUGUGUUCGUGCAUGGGGUUCGCCGUCGCUAAUGAUGAUCAUCUAAAAGCUAACGAUCCAUAUCCUCGACCGUCUCCCAUUACUUGUAAUCACCACGUUGCGUAAGAACCUCAUGGCGUUGGAAAAACUACUCCCUCGCUCUGUCCGACGUCGUCAGCUUGUACUCUUAACUAUGUCAGCUUCCAAUAAAAAGGAGGUUAUCAGGGAGAGGGGAAAACAACGCGCUCCUCUGAAUUCAAAUCAUCCAACAACACCACAAAGCCUGUGGGAUAGUGCAGUACUUCUUGCAACGACCAAAAUAUGGUGACAAAUGCUAUAUAGGUUGCUAAUGUGAGGAGCUUUUCCUGCUUAUAGAUGUGACUGUUUGUGCUAUCAAUAAAUUAAAUGUGUUGUUGCACUACUAUAUAUGCCUAAGUUGGCCGUUGUCUUGCUUUCUCAUCCUUCCAUGCAUUAACUCGAGAGUAGUCGGUCCGCAUUCGGAGAAUGUUAACCAUGCUCCGAAUAAUGUCAGGUAUAGUUUAUUGACGGCAAUGGUAUAUGUUCCUACAAAAAAAAAUUCUAUUUGUUUGUAAAUUGUAACGAAGUCAAUUCUCUCCCACUAGUGAACUAAGAAACAAACGUUAUGUUAGUGAACCAUACAUAUUUCCCAUUUGCUUUUCUUGUUCUUGACUACCUUUGCCGGCUCCAUCGGUUGGAGAGGUGCUGCUGGCGUUAAUGCCUAUAAUCGAAGGUCAGAGGAUGCAUUUUUAAUUGUUUUGUUUGUUUUUGCUUUUCCGGUUGGGAUCCCUAAUUGGGUUGUUUUGGUCGCUAGGCAUGCAGAUAGGCGUACAUAAUUGGAAGAGGUGUAAUAAGCAAAUUGUUCCAAUGAAUGAAUCAUGUUAAUAUCGGAGAUUGUAAGGAGUUAAAAACACAGAGACUUUACCAAUCAAAUCAAUUCUGAUACCAUCUCAUGAACUAGCUGAUCCUAAUUGUUGGAAGAAGCAGGUACGCUCAUAUAUGCAUCGUAUAAUAGUUUCUUACAUAGAAUGACAUAAUAUGCAAAGAACAACACGAGACAUAUCACCUAUCAAUCUAGCUACGAUACAAUGUCGUAGAACCAGCUAAUCUCAAUUGUCGGUAGAAUCGCGCUCAUGUAUGGAACUUAUAUUGUUCUCAAUAUACAGCCCGCGCGGAGCUAUAGCAUUGUCAGCCGCGAGUUGGCUGAGUUUUCUUCAUAUGUCUCUAUGUCUAGAUAUUCUCGUGGACGAAAACAAUGUUAACAACUUAACACAUGGAGUUUCACAUCACGUUAUCUUUUGCCGUAUUUUAUCUAUAGGAUCGAGAAGGAUGGCCAAAGUCGUUUUUGCGUACAGCGUCAUCUUGGUUACAAUAUAUAUAUACAUGCAAUGCAAGCUGCAAUUUCUCAAGAGAAAGUAAGAAAGUAGAAACAAAUUAAGAAGCGCCAGAGCAUAUAUAUAUAGCCAUGGCGAUCGCCGGUACUGUUGCUAAGUUAGCCGCCGUCGUCUUGCUUCUCACCCUUCCAUGUAUUGAUUCGAAAGCAAUCAAUCCGCAGUCCGAGGAUGCUCCGACUAACGUCAGCAACGUCCACCAGAACUUGGGCAUCCAGAUGCAACCUGAAAGAGGAACAAAUAAUGCAGUAGUCAUUUUACCUCAAGGAUCCGACAUCAAUCCAGAUUAUGUAGGAUGGUGCAGCACGUAUUGCAACGACCAAAAUUGUCGUUUGUCGUACCCAGACAUGUGUGACGGUCAAGAUCGUGACAAUUGCUACAUAGGUUGCUACUGCGAGGACCUUCCCUACAGAUGUGAAUGUUUGUGCUCUGAAUGAUUGUGAUUUUUGCCGGCCGAUCGGUCGUUCUCCAUCUUAUCGCAUGUCUUGUGGUGAUUCCGGUUGGUUUUCCGUUUUCUCUUGUCUUUGAUUUAGCAGUUUUCCUUCCCUAUAUGAGUUGGGACUGCUUUAUCCGAUCGAGUUUCUUUCUUUACUUACGAAUAAAAAUGACGAUGGGUCUUGUUGUCAUAUUCAUUGAAUAAUUUAAUAUGUAUUAUCCAAAGUACCGUUAAUCACAACAUGUAUAACGUAUAUGUACGUGCAAAUUUAGAGUUCUUGUGAUCAGUUGGCUUUUGUUUUGAGGUGACGUGUUAGAGAGAGUAAUAUAAAAUUCAUAUUUAACCUUCUCAUAAUAACUCGCGAGUUAUUUUGAGACCAGUCAAUUUGUGUAGUCAAAAAUUGUUUCAAUAAUAUAUAUGUAAGUAAGUACAACCGUUAAGAAUGUGCACAUUUUGCUCAAUUCCCGCUUUUCCGAACGACGUAACCCUAAUAAAAUCACAUGGUCCGAUACACCUUGCACCGUAUCAUCGCCUCUUUUCGCUUCCAAUAUCGUUUUUAGGGCAUGGUGACACCUCCAAGGCAGGUGGUCGAUGAACAUGUAGGGCGAGACGACGAUAUCCCUAAACUGGUCUCUAUUGCCCAAAUACGCUCUGUAUUCAGUCGUCCUUUGCAAGAUGUUCCAAAUCCUCACGUCGUUUCGAAACUGCUGCGACACCAGGUGGAUGAUGCGGCCGAGCAAGAACACGUCUUGGCUGGAGCUCGUCCCCGUUGACAAAAGAAGAACUUGCAGGGCAUGCAGUAGGGUUACUUGUGCGCCGUAUAAGAACAUUCUUUUCAUACUACGCAGACCCACAAUUUUUUUAUAGGGGUGUCCUCUUUUAAAAAAUAAAUUACAUAAAAAUAAAUAAUUAAUAAAAAUAAAAUUGUAAAUAUGAAAAUACCUUACUCGUACAGGUUAAAAAAGUCCAUGAUGUGUUUUCAUAUUCGGAAAUAAUUGUAGAAUACACUUGGUGUCUAUAG